UACUGUCAUUUCCAUACCAAAGUUGGAAAAAAAUUUCCAAUGUAUUGGGCAGAACAAUUUAAAAUAUGGAUUUCUUUUCUGUAUUCUUUAUCUCUGAACGAUUAAAAUACAACUAACUAAUAACUUAUUGAAUUAAUAACUUUAUAUUACUGAUAAAGUAAUUUUCUUCAUGAUGGAUCCUGAUGAUGCGAGGUUCAUGAAAACAGAUCGCCGUCCAGGUACUAUAGAUGUGCAUCCGAAUUUGAAUGCUAUUGUAUUGAAUUAUGAAAUAGAAGUUAAUAUUGUCGGUGCAAGAGACAUUGUACUACAUUCUGAAAAGAAGAGUUUGAAAAAAGUCAUUGAACUUCCUAUGCUGAAUAGCAGAUCUGAUUGCCUUGCCUUAGCUAGAGAAGUAGUUAACCAUUGUGACUUAAUACAUCACUCUAGAGUUCCUGAAGUGGAACAAACUAUAUUUUAUUUGAAGAAGAGAAAACUCAGUCAUGGAGUAUCAAAAGAUGAUAAAAAUAUUAAGAAUGUUCCAUAUGUGGAAGAAACUGUCCAAUAUAGUAGCCUGAUGGAUUAUAUAGAUUUAUUAUAUGAAGGCAUGACUGAAAAAAUUAAAGGAGCCCAUCAAAUUCAGCUACUAGCUAGGGAUCCAAACAAUUUGGAGGCACUUUCUAAAAAUGAAACGGUUAUCAGUGCUCUUGGAAGAGUACUAAGAGAAGACUGGAAAAGAAGCAUAGUACUUAGUACUCACUUGGUCUAUACAUUUUUUUGUUUCUCCAUGUACUCUAUAUUCCAUGAAGUCAUAUUGAAAUGCAAGGUUGGAUCGAUUUGUAUGGACAUAAUAGACCACGAAUUGCGGAGGUAUGAUAAAUGGACUGCAGAGUUGCAAGGUCAAGAGUUACCCCCAGCUUCUGAUAUACCAAUAAUUCGUAAAUCUUGUCCAAAUAGUGCUAGUAUGUCUGAAAUACCUAAAAGUAGAAUACCUGAACCAGUACGUCCAAAAUCGGGGAAUUUCAGUGAUACCAAUUUCAAAGCAAUAAUGGAGGGAAGUGUUUAUGAAGAUCUGACAAUGUCUACUGAAAGUAUUGGUGAUAAAAAGUUGUCAGAUGCUGAGAGAGCAAAACGGUAUAGAACCCUCAUUAAGAAACAGGAGAAUCUGCUUAGGAUAUGCUUCUACUUGCUCCUAAAUAUUGCGGAAGAUGAGAGUAUUGAGGAAAAAAUGACAAAGCGUAAUAUUGUGGGAUUAUUAGUGAAAGCCCUCGAGAGAGAGAAUGAAGAACUGUUAGUUUUGGUUCUUUCAUUUCUGAAAAAGUUGUCCAUUAUGCAGUGCAAUAAAGAUUCUAUGGCUGAUUUGAACAUUGUUGAGAAACUACCCAGAUUACUGGACUUUAAUAGAGCGGAAUUAGUGCAUUUGACCUUGAAACUUUUAUAUAAUCUGUCCUUUGACAAUAAACUUAGAUACAAGAUGAUUAAGUCUAACUUUUUGCCUAAACUUAUCAGUUUACUAAGCGAUGAUCGUCAUCAAGAAAUUAUUUUGAAAUUACUCUAUCAUCUCAGUUAUGAUGAUGAAGUCAAGCCUCAAUUCAUAGAUAGUGUAGGAUUGAUAAUGGAUAUGCUAUUAUUGAAUGUUGGCAAUGAAGGGGACCAGGUUAUGAUUGCCCUCUGUAUUAAUUUAGCUGUAAGUGCAUCGAAUGCUCAACAAAUGGUGAAAAAAAACAGACUUGGUUCUAUUGUGACAAGGGCUUUCACCUAUCAGAAUACCUUGCUCAUGAAAAUGUUGCAUAAUAUUUCGGAACAUACUACAACAAGAGCUUUGUUUGUGGAGUUUGUUGGGGACAUUGCCAAAGCAGUUGUUGAAUCAAAGGAUGAAGAUUUUGUUAGGGAAUGUAUUGGAAUUUUGAGUAAUUUAAAUUUACCAGAACUCGAUUGGGCAGAGAUUUUCAAACAUUUCAAUAUGAUUACAUGGGUUGAGAAAACUUUGAAAAGUAAUAGUAGUGAUGUACAGCUAAUUUUGGAGAUCAUAGUGCUUUUAGGUACUGCAGCUACAGAUGAAGGUUGCUCGAAACUCUUAUGUGAAUCAAGAUUGAUGAAAAACUUGAUUGAGCUUUUGAAAACACACCAAGAGGAUGAUGAGAUAGUUUUACAAAUUCUUUACGUGUUUUACAUGGCUUUGUCUAAUGACAAUAGCAUUGAUUAUCUCAUAGAAUCAACAGAAGCACCAGCUUAUCUAAUAGACCUGCUCCAAGAUAAUAAUAAAGCAAUUCGGGAAGUUUGUAACACAUGCCUGAAUAUUAUUAGUGAAAGAAACAAAUCCUGGGGAGACAGAAUAAAAAUUGAGAAAUUCAGACAGCAUAAUUCUCAAUGGCUGGAAAUGGUUGAUUCUCAGCAAUUGGAACCUGAAGAAGAGGAAGAUGAUGAUGAACUACCACCUUAUUUGAACACUGAAUACCUUAGUACAGCUGUAGUACCUCCUUUAUCAGAUAUGAAUGACCUCAUCGAAAAUGGAGAUGAUUUAAAUAUACCAGAAAAUGGUAUUGAUGACUAUUUCGAUCAAACUGAGUUGAUUCAGGACUUCGAGAUAGAAUCUAUGUAGGUGAUUUUCAAGAAAAGUUGCACAAUUAUUUGUAAUUAAGCUUAUUAAAUUUUUUCUAGUCAGCAUUUAUACUCACUCAAGUAUUGAAAAGUAUUCUUACCUCAAUUGUAUUGGUGAAUUUGCUUAUUCUUUAUCUUAUUAUUAGAUGAUAUAUUUAUUGAUGUAAAAUGAUGGUCUGAUUUAAUGCAAUAUUUAUAUGAUCAUUUUUAAUGGUGGUCUGUUGAAGACUAGCUGUCAUGAGUAUUGGAGAAGAUAUUCAGUUAUUUGUAUGCAGUUUUUUUUAUUGACUCAAAAUCUAGUUUCACGUUAUAAUAUAAAAUAAAAAUUUUUAAGCUCUACCAUAAAAUACACAUUUUGUUUUCAUAUUGUUGCUAAAAUCACUUGUGAUAUAUGUUAUAUCCAUUCAAAAUAGAAGGGUUUAACCAA